CUCAAAAAUUCCGAUCGAUAAGAAAAAAAAAUAAAAAAAAUGGAAGGAGUGAACGUUUUGACUCACCCAAAAAUCCCCGGCGAGCCAACUCAAACAUCCACCACCCUCCUCGAGAAAGCAACCGCCGCCAUCCAAGGCUUCGGCCCCGUCAACAAAAUCCACCAGCACCUCUGCGCAUUCCAUUUCUACGGGGACGAUAUGACGAGGCAGGUGGAGGCGCACCACUUCUGCGCGCACCAGAACGAAGAGUUCCGGCAGUGCCUGAUCUACGACCGCCCCGACGACGACGGCCGCCUGAUCGGGCUGGAGUACAUAGUCUCGGAGGAGCUUUUCCUGACUCUGCCCGACGACGAGAAGAGGUUCUGGCACUCGCACGAGUUCGAGGUGAAGAGCGGCGUGCUGUUCAUGCCGGGGGUGCCCGCCCCCAUCCAGCGCCAGGAUUUCGACAAGGUUGUUAAAACGUACGGGAAGGUGAUCCAUUUCUGGCAGGUGGAUAGGGGGGAUAGCCUGCCACUUGGCAUACCGCAGGUUAUGAUGGCCCUUACUAGAGAUGGCCAGCUUUAUGACAACCUUGCUCAAGAUGUGGAGAAGCGUUAUAACGUGUCGUUUGCGAAGGAGAGGGAGAAUAGGGCUUACAUGGAGGGGCCGUCACACGGGAUACACCCGAUGGCUAACGGCGGUGGGCAAGGGCUGAAGACGGUGCUCCGGGAGGUGGACUGUAAGCCGGCGGUUGCUUCAACGGCGAGGGUGUUUGUCUGAUUCGGUUUCCUACGCAUGAUAUAUUAUAUUGCUCUUAGUGCAGUAUAUUCCCUGUGUUGUUGUGAUGUAAGUAAUUACGAAAUAGUUAUAUGUUUUCGAUAUAAUUAUAAGUUUGGCUGUGGGAUGUAUAUUCUAUAUAUUUUGGCUGUGUACAUAUGUAGUAUCGAAGUUUGUUUGAAACACCUGCUUAUAUAAAGCCAAGUGAAGCCAAAGUGUUUUGUCGUUUUUUGAAAUUU